AAAUUAAUGAUGGUAUUAACAAUUUAACAGUCAAAGCAAUUAGAGACGAUCCGAAGUCUGUCCCGACCAAAACCGGGCCGAGUCGAAGUCUCAAACCCCGGGAUAUUUUAAAUUUCCAAUUAGAGCAUAGUAAAAAAGAAGUACAAAGAAAAGGAAAAGAUCUUACAAGGAAAUGAAGGAGGAGUUGGAGAAGAAUCCCCAAUCGACAAUAUCAUCUUCCCAAGUAUUUUUUAUCCAUGUUUGCUGCGGACUAGCCUUGGUCGCUGGGUUUUGGGUGGCCCACCAUGUCUAUUCCCUCAAUCUCGUCUUUGAUCCUACAAAAACUCUUUGUUUGAUCUGGGCUAUUGAAUUCCCAGUUGUUAUCCUUCUUUUCAGUUGCUGUAGACAGAAACCGGAGAAAUGCUCGUAUUUCACAGCUAUUGCCCGAGGUCUGCUGGGACUUCCUAUUGGGGCUCUAUUAAAUGCGCUUGGAGCAUUAGCUUUGGGUGCACCCGUCGGCUUGCAAUACUUAGAAAAGACAGUUAACUGGUCUCUUCUGAUGUCUUCAUUCACUUUUGUGCCCACAGCUUGUGUUUAUGGUUCAAGUUGGACAGAUUGGUGUCGCAUAUUUGCAUGUACAAAGCCAAAUGGACCUUUGGAAUUUAUGCUUUGUCUACCAGCACAUGGAGCUGUAAUUGGAGCUUGGUUUGGUGCUUGGCCUAUGCCACUUGAUUGGGAACGCCCUUGGCAGGAUUGGCCAAUCUGUGUGAGUUAUGGAGCAAUGGCUGGUUACGUGGUUGGGAUGGUGGGAUCCUUUGGUCUUGCACUAAUAAUGCAUACUGGACGAAAGCAACUCAAAGCAGAGUAGAUGGUACUCUUUUUCCGUUUCAGUUUCCCCUUUGCUGAGCUACGAAGCAAUGACUGGUAUAGUUGUUUUGUCCGAUUUUGCGAUUAUAUAUAUAUAUAUAUAUAUUCUCUUUAAGUUGCUGAAAAAUAUACUAAAUCAGUUUAUUCUUUAUUGGAUAAUAUCAAUUUAACUUACAACCUUGCAAUCCUUGAUGGAUGGAUGUGUUUUCUUUGUAUCUAAGAAAGCCUGUGCUAGUUUUUAUGAUGGCAUUUGGAUGUACAAACACUAGCUCAAAGAAUCAUGUUAAAACAA